AUGAAGGCAUUGAAAGAGGUACCGUCACCCGUGCUGACACAAUUCAAAGAUCGGCCUCUGCCCAUCUGUACCCCUUACACAUUUACCCACGGGGAUCUCAACUGCCAAAACAUUCUUGUCAAGGAUGGCGAACUAGUCGGCAUCCUAGAUUGGGAAUCGGCUGGUCAUUUCCCUGUCUGGUGGGAGUAUGUGGCUACCAGUAUUGGUUUCACGGCAGAAGAUGCGGAGUGGAAGGCAUUGCUGCGUGUGCGUCUGUCUGGGUAUGAGGAAGGAAGAGAGUUUUGGCGAGAUCUCUAUGCUCUUUCUAGAUAUCCGAAUCUGAUUGAAAGAGGACAGGCUUUUGUUGACCGUUUGCUUUGUGCAGAGCAGGCUGCGGAUGGUAAGCUGGCUUCAACUGGUUGA